UUAUCUACAUCUUCACUUCUCCUCCUUUUUCUCAUCAUCCAAACACGAAAUCAAGGAAACCAACCCAUAGCUUAAACCCAUGGCCUUCCGACUCAGUAACAACCUCCUCGGAAUCCUCAACUUCAUAACAUUCCUCCUCUCCAUCCCCAUCCUCGGCGCCGGCAUCUGGCUCAGUCGAGAAGGCGUGACGGAAUGCGAGCAGUUCCUAGACCGCCCCAUCAUCGUUAUCGGAGCCUUCCUCAUGGUCGUCUCUCUCGCCGGAAUGAUCGGCGCGUGCUGCCGUGUAACUUGGCUGCUCUGGCUUUACCUAGCCGUCAUGUUCCUCCUCAUCGUGCUCGGCGUAGUGCUCACCGUCUUUGCUUUCGUGGUGACGAAUAAAGGGGCCGGAGAAACUUUGUCCGGGAAAGGGUAUAAGGAGUACCGGCUUGGGGAUUACUCGAACUGGUUGCAGAAGAGAGUUAGUGACGGGAAGAACUGGAAUAAGAUCAAGAGCUGUUUGGCUGAUAGUAAAGUUUGUACUGAAUUUCACGAAAAGUAUCUCAAUGUUCCGGUCACGGAGUUCUACCGUGAGCACCUGUCCUCCGUUCAGUCUGGUUGCUGUAAGCCAUCAAACGACUGUCAAUUCAACUAUGUCGGACCGACUAACUGGACUCAAGGGAGUGCCGUAUCGACCAACCCGGACUGCAACCUGUGGGAUAAUAACAUGGACACACUCUGCUUCAACUGCCAGUCGUGCAAGGCCGGAUUCAUCGACAACCUACGGAGUUCUUGGAAGAAGGUGGCGGUUGUCAACAUAGUGUUCCUCGUCUUCCUCAUCAUCGUCUACUCCGUUGGCUGCUGUGCAUUCAGGAACAAUAGGAGAGACAAUCAUUAUGAGCAACCCUGGAAGCCUUGAGGAGGUUGUCUUUGGUCUUAGAUGGGCACUCGUAUCGUAUAGUCUGCCCGAUUUGCUGUUGUUUUCUACGUGUGGUUUAGUGUCUAUGAUUUGCAUAUUUAGUCCUUUCGUUGGA